AUGAAGAUCGAGGAGGUGAAGAGCACCACGAAGACGCAGCGCAUCGCCUCCCACAGCCACGUGAAGGGGCUGGGGCUGGACGAGAGCGGCCUGGCCAAGCAGGCGGCGUCGGGGCUCGUGGGGCAGGAGAACGCGCGCGAGCUGGACCCCAGCAUUUUCGAGAGUUUGCAGAAAGAGCGAGUGGAGGCCGGAGACGUGAUCUACAUCGAGGCCAACAGCGGGGCCGUGAAGAGGCAGGGCAGGUGUGACACCUACGCCACGGAGUUUGACCUGGAAGCCGAGGAGUACGUCCCUCUGCCAAAGGGGGACGUGCACAAAAAGAAAGAGAUCAUCCAGGACGUGACCUUGCACGACCUGGACGUGGCCAACGCGCGGCCCCAGGUACGGCCCCCGGCGCCCGGGCGACCGGGGCUGCGGAUCAAAGAGACCAAGGAAGUCUACGAAGGUGAAGUGACCGAGCUCACUCCGUGCGAGACCGAGAGCCCCAUGGGGGGUUACGGCAAAACCAUCAGCCACGUGAUCAUCGGACUCAAAACCGCCAAAGGCACCAAGCAGCUGAAGUUGUCAGGGACGUCCUCACAGAGAGAAGCAGCACUGAGCUGUAGAGCAGGUGGCGGCUGGACUUCCUGGGGCCACUUGCGGAAUCCUGGCCGCCGUUCCCCGCGUCAGCGGCUGGAAACCUCCAGUGGCUCCCGUGACAAGCUCCGCGGCGAGAUCAACAAGGUGGUGAACAAGUACAUCGACCAGGGCGUCGCCGAGCUGGUCCCGGGCGUGCUGUUCAUCGACGAGGUCCACAUGCUGGACAUCGAGUGCUUCACCUACCUGCACCGGGCCCUCGACUCGUCCAUCGCCCCCAUCGUCAUCUUCGCGUCCAACCGCGGCAACUGUGUCGUCAGCCCCCCUGCUCGCCGGUGGCCCCUGAGCCUGGCGCUCGACUCGGCGUCUCAGUCACGGCCCUCGGGUGUCGCCGGGGCGCGUGGGGGGAGCCAGAGACGGCCCUUCAUCGCCAGCACUGGCAGGUACGCGGUGCAGCUGCUGACCCCGGCCAACCUGCUGGCCAAGAUCAACGGCAAGGACGGCAUCGAGAAGGAGCACGUGGAGGAGAUCAGCGAGCUCUUCUACGACGCCAAGUCCUCGGCCAAGAUCCUGGCCGACCAGCAGGACAAGUACAUGAAGUGAGGCGGCCGCGGGCCCGUCCCGGGCCCGGGGCCAACGUCACCACUGCGGUACGGCCGGCAGCGGCGUGAGUUCGGCGUGGAGAGCGUUUCUUUUUAAGUUAUCGUGACGUCUGCGGUGUUUGCUUUGGGGGAGCCCGUCCCCGCCUGCCGUGUCUUCCAAUAAAUCCUCCUGGGUUGUUCUGGCGACGCCGCGCUCUCGGCACGUUCUUUAAAAAUAAACUUUUCCUUGGGAGGCCGA